AUGUCCGACGAGACGAAAGUAGUCGUAACUGUCAUCUUCGGGAAGCAGUCAGCAACCUUUAGCGUCCCUGCACAAGAUCCAAGUGCUUUUGAUCUACUCAAGAGGAACAUAUACGAAUCAUUUGAUGUGGAAUCCAAGUUCCAACGCCUAGUGCUGCGUGGACGUGAUGUCAUGAGUGCAACAUGUUUAACGGAUGGCUGCAAGCUGCUGCUGCUACGCAAUCGAGCGUAUUACGAACAAACGUUGUCUUCUGAACAAUAUCAACAUGCCAAUAGUCUCGACUCAGAGCAAGUACCAUCUUCAGCAAUCAAGUCUUCGUCAAAAGUCUCUUCGAAGGCUCUCGAUAUUGACGUGAAUGAUCUGAAAGAUGAUGUUCUUUUAGUGCAGCUAUUUCGUGGCAAAGCUCGCUACGACCUCAUCUUUCCAACUUGUGAAACCAUAUUAGGAGUUAAGAAAAAAUUGAGUGCAGUGCUGGGCCUGACGUCGCCUCACUCGUUGAGGCUGGUGAUAAAGGGAAAGACCCCGAAGGACGAUACCGUGCUCGACACUUUGAAGGAUAACAAAAAACUAAUUAAGGCCAUGGUGUUGCUACAAGCACAGCAGCAUGUGAUGCAAGAGAAGGAAGAAGAUUUUCGAGAGCUACUUAAUGAUUUAGCUGGCCUUCAGGCGGCUUUGCAGAAAGUGCAGAAGCAGAUAGCGCGUAACUUUAUGUCUAAAGAUGAGAGUCUAUUUGAAUUGUCAAGGUUGCUCGAUGAGGGACAGCGAAUUGGAAACAACUUAAAGCUGAUUAAGCUCCAUUUAACUGGCGCUAAACCCUCUGGACCUCGCGUCAGUGAUGAAACUUUGACGGCUGUAACGCAAGCAAUAAACGAGACUAACAUGCUGACAGAAAUGGCUCAGCAUCUUCUGGAGAUCCAUUCGUUAAGCUAA